GCAUGCUGUUGAUUUCCACCAAUCAGAGCAUCCUUUGAAUUCUGCUCAGCCAAUGGGAGACCAGGACCUUAUGACUGCGUCAGUGGGUGUGAUCCCGCAGGAGGAAGCGUAAGCGAACAAUAUAACAAAGUUUUAAGAGCAUGGCAGACAAGACUGUGCAUCGUGGGCCGUGGACAGGAUGUGCCGUCAUCUUUCUGCAGUCGCUCUGUCCUGGUGUGAACCUGCUCUCUCUCUACAAAGACCGAGAACAGGGAAAGUUCAUCGUUUUCAAAGUCAUCAAGCUGACACUUACAGAUUCUGCAGGAGGUCUGGGUGGUUAUGAGAUACUUAAGGUCCAUGACGCUGAUCCCUUCCUGGGGGUGGAGGUGAAGUUUGAGGAUGUGGCAGCAUGUCAGCAGUUCCUGGAGAGCUACAGCUCUGGAGCGGUGCGUCAGUCCCUCUCUCAACACGCCUGCCGGCUUCUUGCUCUUCCCCAAGACUUCACAGUGGAGACUCAGCUCAAGGCCAGCACACACAUCCUGGAUCUCUAUCUGGACAAGCUGGAGCUCUGCCUACAGCACAUCCACCUGUCUCAGCCGGAGCGCCUGCGCGAUGAGGAGAUCGAUCAUCUGGAGCAGCAGCUGCAGACUCAGGCCCUCGGCCCUGCCCCACAGUCGACCCCCAUCACACAGGAAGAGUCUCCCGUCCCCAGCAACUGCUUCAAGUUUCAGAAUAGAGUGUUUGAGGACCGGAUGCUGACGGCGGCAGAUGUUCAGAGCUUUUCUAACGGAGUGGGCCGUCAAUGGAAACAUGUAGGGAGAGCCCUGGGGAAGAGCUGCAGGGCUCUGAAGGGUCCGGCCAUAGACAACCUGGCCUAUGAAUACGAGAGAGAAGGGCUGUAUGAGCAAGCCUAUCAGCUGCUCAGCCGCUUCAUCCAGGCGGAGGGGAGAGCGGCCAAGCUGAGCCAGCUGGUCAAAGCACUGGAGGACUGCAAACUCACCAGCCUGGCUGAGAAUAUUCUGGACAUACAGCCAUAAGAGUAACUCUGUGCGCUUUAGUUCUGCAGUUACAAGUCGUGAAAACUGAGGGGUGACAUGUCCUCUCUGCACGGGGAGCGGUUGACUUUGUCCUGCCUGCUUUUAAUAUACAGUAUGUUUGUUCUUGAUUGACUAUCUGUCAUUCAAAAUCGUGUGUGUGAGUGUGUGUGUGUGUGUGUGUGUGUGAGAGAGAGAGUUUGUAUUUCAGACAGGAUGCCAACAUCUCUGUGAGAAUUGAUUCAUAUCUUUAUUUUAUUUUCCAAUUAUUAGUAUUAUUGUUUUCAUUUAGACAAAAUUAUCUGUCACCACUGUUUAAAAGAUAUGCUGUCUUGAGUUUAAUGCACUGUUCAAACCUCUUUUAUUUCUGCUUUAUAAGUCAAUUUACAGAUGAAACCUUCCACAACUGAAGGUUAUUGAUUUUUCUUUUCUACAAAAUGGGUGCUUACAAAUUAAAUGGUUGUAAAAAAAACCUUGUCAUG